AUGGCCAGCAAGAACCAAGAAGGAGGAAGAACGUUUACCUUCGUAGACUAUGACAUCAAUCGGCGUGGGGUCACCGACUUGGCACGAGCACACUUGAUGAAGGAUCGCGUAAGGUCGAAACGAGAGGCAAACUCGAAAAGCUUGUCAAGAAACCACUUUCUCCCACUGCGAUGGAUGUACCCUAAAGAGGAAAAUGGUGGCCAGAAACCGGAUUUUGCCCAUUCGACAGCGACGGCGACUGCGGCAGCGGCACCAGAUCGACAACUUGGCAUACAACGGCCUCUCAUCUCAGACUAUGCCUCUGUCAUUGAUUUCCCGAAAGAUAUUGUGCCCUUGUCGGCACUCACCAGCAGAUCGAGAUCAGUCUCGCCGAGUUCAAGCGGCAGGAAGCAAGUCGACACGUCGCAGAAUGCUGCAACACGGCAAGCUUGCCCGGAAAGUGGUUCGAUCAGCAGGCACACCAGCCAACCCCUGGAAGCACGCGGCGAUCGGUUAGGUGUGUCCGGAUCGACAGAAUCGCCGUCACCAUCAGAGCCCAAUUCCAGCCUCGGCACAGACAACCCGGAAGUUUGUGUCGACCAGGCAUUACCUGGCGGUACUGCUGACACCCAGCCCGCAUUGCGGGUGACUGCAGAGCCAACUGCUAAAAGAGGAAGAGUCAGCCUCAGAAAUGAUUCAGAGUUUGGCCUGUUGUUUUCCCAAAUCGCAAACAACACUCCUCCUAACCCUAACCCUAACCCUAACCUUCCUCCACAGCCAAAGAUCUUGAGAAAAACAGUGUCCGCUCCAGGCACGCCAGUUCCCAGCAUCCUGUUACCGGAGCUUGAAACUUCGUGUGAAGGGACAUCGAUUCUCUCGACGCCCUCGGACCGGAAUCUCAUUGGGUAUUUCGCCGCCAACGCCGGUGCCAUGCUUGGAUUCGACCGGUUUCCCGAGAUCGUGCAGCAAUAUAACCCGGUACUGACGCUGUUCGUUCCCUUUGCCUUGUCCAGUCAAUGGUGCUUCGAGACCAUGGUGCUGUUGCAGAGUGCAUACCAUCACCGCCGCAGUGUCCCGUCAGUAGACAGCAGGAUGCUGGAGGGCGAAAACCAAUAUCUUGCUUCUCGACAGAACGACAUUCUCGCGAGGACCCGGUCGAGGAUUUCGGCAUUGGCCGUCGACGGGGACUCUACCGAUGAGGACGUGAUCGCCUUUCUCUUUCUCGCAGUCGCCGAGUACCGUGCCGGCCAGCGACAGAUUGGACUGAUGCAUUUCCAGGCGUGGAAGGAAUACUGUGAGAUGCGGCGGAAGCUCCGGGUCAAGCCAUGCGGCCUGCCGUGCAAGAUUGUUGUCUGGUGGUGUGUAUCGAUGCUGGUAGGAGAGGAUGUCAUCCUUGACUCAAUCCUCGACCCGUCGACAACGGAGAGGGUGAGGAAGGACCCUGCAAAGCUGUUCCGCUACUUUGUCAACCGCAGCCCGGCCACGGCCACCAUGGCAGAGGGGACAGAAGAGCCUGUGCCUGUGCCUGUGAAAUUGAGCAGGCACAACACUUGGUGA